AGUCAAUGAACAUCCCUCAAAAGCACCUUCCUUUUUCCCUACUCAUUCUCAUCAACUUUCUUAUUAUGAACUAAAAUAAAUGUUCAGACAAAGAAGCCAUUUCUUCCAUUUAUAUUAUACAACUAUACACUAUAAUAUAUAUAUAUGUGUGUGUGUGUACCCGUGGGGAUAUAUACAUACUAUAUAAAGACCCUCUCCUACUGUCAUUUAGCCUGCAAAGUCCAUAAGCAAAACGCUACACGAGUCUUCUUCUCUGAGUUCCAUUUCUCCCUCCUCUCUUCCUCUCCUUCUAUUUGUAGAUGGAAUGACGGAUCAAUGCUUGUAAAGGUUUGAAAUUUUAUCAAAUUUUUUUAAGAAGCAGUUUGGUAAAAAAGAAAGAAAAUAGAGGAUAUGGAGGUGGAGAAGAGGACAAUGGUGAAUGGAGGAAUGAAAUUACCAAUUGGAUACAGAUUUCACCCAACGGAGCAGGAGCUUAUCCUUCAUUACUUGCUCCCAAAGGCCUUUGCUUCUCCUUUGCCUUCCUCCAUCAUCCCUGUCUUUGAUGUCUUCUUCUCUCAUCCUCUUACUUUCCCAGGGGAUCAAAAAGAGAAGCAAAGGUACUUCUUUUGCAAGAAGAGAGGACAAGUGUCAAGUAAUGAGCAUAGACUCAAGGUUUCAUCUGGUGAUGGUUAUUGGAAACCUUUUGGGAAAGAGAGACAGAUCAUUAUUGGCUGUGGUAGAACAGUUGGGAUUAGAAGAACACUUGCUUUCUAUGAAACAAACAAGUCGUCUUCUAAUUACAACAAAACCAGGUGGUGCAUGACAGAGUACUGCCUUGCCGGAUUUGCAUCAACUAAGGUGUUUGGAGAGUGGGCGGUGUACAAUGUGUAUGAGAGGAAAGGAUCAAAAGGAAGUAGGCAGAUGAAAUCAAGAAAGAGAGAUGAUGAAGAAGACUUGAGCUGCAUCCACUUUACGAUUGGGUCCGAUCAUGAAACCGGUCCUCCACCGCCCUCUCCUCCUACCUCAGCUGAUGAGUCAGAGAACAUUAUUUAAACGUUGCUCCUUAACAUUGACCUACUCCACUUACGUUUCUUUCAAGCUAUUUUAAAAAAAAAAGAAAUAGACGUCUUGAUUCAUUUGUUAGAGAGGCUAGGAGAGCUCAUUGUGAAAAUGUUGUCUGAGUGGAGAGAUUCGUUGAGCAAACCAAAUAUAUGUCAAACUUGUUAAAUUUUUUUUUUUACUUGGAGUUCUUUUACUUCUUUUAACAUUAUCAUGGAGUUAAAGUGAUAUAGCCGUGUAGAACGAAGUAAAGUUAAUUAAAUGAAAAAGAGGUAUCUUUCUUUUCUUUAGAUGAGAACUUGAUACCCUGUCUUUUCAAACAGAACAA